AUGGCUACGAACUCCAUCCGAAGAGUUACACUUUCGGGCGUCUCCCGCCUCGGCGGACGUCGCCCUCUUACACCGUUUUGCAGACAGUUCCCAAGAUCGCAGAGCCUCCGAUACGCCUCCGACACCAGCGCAGCAGCAACAAAAGUAACCGCAGAGGCCACGGCCGAGACAGCGAAGGAAACUGUCAAAGAAGCGCCUAAGAAGGCUGGCCGGAGUCUGCGACGGACGGUUGUUGGGACAUCGUUGGCGCUCACGCUAUUGAUUGGGUAUGUGUAUGGAACGGACACGCGGGCGAGCAUUCACCGGUACGGCGUUGUGCCGUUGAUAAGGCAGAUUUUCCCUGAUGCGGAAGAUGCGCAUCAUAUUGGUGUUGAUGCGCUGAAGACACUGUACAAGUAUGGGUUGCAUCCUAGGGAACGAGGGGAUCCGGAUGGAGAUGGGGUUUUGGCGACUGAGGUCUUUGGGUACACACUGGCGAACCCCAUUGGUAUUUCGGGCGGACUUGACAAGCACGCUGAGAUUCCUGACCCAUUGUUCGCGAUUGGUCCUGCUAUCGUCGAAGUCGGGGGCACGACACCGCUACCGCAAGACGGCAACCCGCGUCCUCGUGUCUUCCGCCUUCCCUCGCAGAAGGCCAUGAUCAACCGGUACGGCCUCAACUCCAAGGGUGCGGAUCAUAUGGCGGCUAUCCUGGAGCAGCGCGUCCGCGACUACGCCUACGAGAACGGUUUCGGAGCAUAUGAGGCUGCUGAGCAGCGUGUGCUGGACGGUGAAGCUGGUGUGCCCCCGGGCAGUCUCCAGCCCGGCAAGCUUCUAGCCGUGCAAGUGGCUAAGAACAAGGCCACGCCUGACGGCGACAUCGAAGCCAUCAAGCGUGACUAUGUGUACUGCGUUGACCGCGUUGCGAAAUAUGCCGAUAUCCUCGUCGUCAACGUCUCGAGCCCUAACACACCCGGCCUCCGCGACCUCCAGGCCACUGCGCCUCUCACAGCUAUCCUCAAGGCCGUCGUCUCGUCCGCGAAGAGUGUGGACCGCAAGACCAAGCCCUACGUCAUGGUCAAGGUCAGUCCUGACGAGGACUCGGAUGAGCAAGUUUCCGGGAUCUGCGACGCAGUCCGAGGCUCCGGCGUUGACGGCGUGAUCGUCGGAAACACAACGAACCGUCGCCCGGACCCUCUACCCCAAGGUUACACUCUCCCGGCAAACGAACAGGCAACAUUAAAAGAGACCGGCGGGUAUUCAGGCCCACAGCUGUUCGACCGCACAGUUGCCCUCGUGGCUCGGUACCGCACCAUGCUAGAUGCGGAGUCGGAAACGGCCGGAAGCGCCAGGGAGCUAGCAGCGACUGCUGCGCAAGCCGAGCCAGACUCGGAAAACGUUCCUUCUGUGGAAGCGCCAAGCGCUUCGCCGCGCAAGGUUAUCUUCGCUUCGGGAGGUAUCACCAACGGUAAGCAGGCUCGCGCUGUUUUGGACGCAGGGGCCUCUGUUGCCAUGAUGUACACGGGUGUUGUUUAUGGUGGCAUUGGCACUGUCACUCGUGUGAAACAAGAACUGCGCGAGGAGAAGCAGUAA